CUGCAUCCUGCCCGCUUUCUCCUGUAAACAGCUUCCGGGUGGCGUUGCCUUCACCGGCAGUGACAACGCGUAAUUACGACGUUUAACCUGCACCGUGAAGGCAUCCUGACCUUUUACCCAACCGCACCGACAGUCAUGCGUUAACGGUAACGUGUGUGACUCACAGCCCGCUGCUCAGUCAGGCGGCUGUCACCGAUUACCGGAUCCGUUAACCGGUUAGAGGAGCGGCUAGCAAGUUAGCUAGCUGUCAGGGCGGUGGAGUUAGCAGCUAGCAGCUAGUAGCUAGCAGAAGAUGGAGGAGUUUCUGUCGAGCUGCCGCCGAGCCGUGCAGAACACGGAUCAGGCAGGUUCAGGGUUCCACGUGGUUCUGGGGAAUGAAGCCUGUGACGUGGACUCCAUGGUGUGUGCUCUGACCUACGCCUACUUCCUGUCCAAGACUGUGCAGAGCGAGACGCUCGCUCUCCCUCUGCUGAACGUCCGUCACUCAGACUUUGUGCUGCGUUCAGAUAGCGUCUUUCUGCUGCGACAGAUCGGUUUGUCUCCAGAUCUUCUGCUGUUCAGAGAUCAGCUGGACCUGCGAGCGUUGCAGCGAGCCGGCCGCCUGCGGCUGACGCUGGUCGACCACAACGUCCUGCCCAGUUCAGACAGCGACCUGGAGGGGGCAGUGGUGGAGGUGAUCGACCAUCACCUGCUGGAGAGAGAGCCCUCCCCCUCCUGUCCUGUUACCGUGGAGAUGGUGGGAUCCUGUGCUACUUUGGUAACAGAACGCAUCAUCCAGAAAGCUCCGGAAAUCCUGGACCAGCAGGUCGCUCAACUGCUCUACGCGGCGGUGGUGUUGGACUGUGUGAACAUGGCUCCCUCAGCAGGUAAAGUGACUCCUAAAGACAGCCAGUAUGCUGCAGCGUUGGAGUGUCGUUUCCCCUCUCUGCCACCGAGGGGCGCUCUCUUCCAGACUCUGCAGAACGCCAAGUUUGAUGUCUCAGGUCUGAACACAGAACAGAUGUUGUUGAAGGACAUGAAAGCUGCUUCAGGAAGUUUGAAUCUGGCCGUCUCUGUUCUCUACAUCAACCUGGAGGACUUCCUGCAGAGGGCGGAGUUGGAGGCGGAGCUCUCAGAUUUCUGUCUGAAGUUUGGAUUCGACCUGCUGCUGCUGAUGACCAUCUCCUUCACUGAGAGCAAAGAGCCAAUCAGAGAGCUCGCUGUGUUCAGCCACAGCGCCACCUGCAGGGAACAGGUGAGCCUCUACUUGGAACAGGCCCGUAACCCCGCCCUCAACCUCUGUCCAAUCAGCAGCCCCCAUCCUCACAUCGCAGCCUAUCAGCAAGGAAACAAUCUGGCGUCUCGUAAGAAGCUCCUCCCCAUCAUUAAAGACUUCCUGAAGGAGCAGGACGCCGAUGGUCGCCUGGGAGACAGUCGCCUGGGAGACGUGGAGGAGGAGGAGGAGUCUCGGGUCCCUCCGACCCCGAUGAACAGUCUGGUAGAGGGCUGUCCUCUGGACGACGGCCUGCCGCACAUCAGCGCUCAGGACCUGGAGGAGAAGUUCAGCAAGAUGGCCGACAGACGAGGUAACUGACCUCUGACCUGUCUGUCUGUCGGAGAGGAAACACCAGAUGUGAGGACGAUGACGAUGAAGGUACCACAGACACGCAGAGGAGGAGGUUUCUGUCACUGAAACGUGGACAGCUUUAGCAGAUUUAACAUGGUGACGUCACUUCCUGUCAAGUCAAACGUGUCACUGUUUCUGCUGUCGGAGUUUCUGAAGGUUUUAUCUGAUGAAUAAAAUCAAAAAUCGUCAACAACAUCUGAAACGUUCAGAAAACAUCUGGAAGAACUUCAUCAUUCAGACACUCGGAGGAGCAGCUGGAGGUCAGUCCUUCAAAAUAAAAUGUAAAAUACACAGAACUCGUUGGGAUCAGCAACAGUGACGUCGCUCUGACACCGAAACCUGUCCAGUGUGACAUCACACUCCCAUGCUGUGAUGUCACUAUAGACUCUGUACAUCUGUACACCACACGGGGGCGACGGAGCUUGAAAUGUUCAAAUUGAUUAAUAGUUUGAAACUGUGAAAAAUGAUGAUUGUCUCCAGAUGUCUUUAUUUUGUCCACAACGCAGAGAUUCAGUUCACUGAGAUCAAACGUUUUGAUUAGAAAGUUAAUUCCGACACACAACAGAGAUUUAAUGUGAAAUCGAUGAAACUCCGUGUUGAAGAUGAAAUGUUUGACCUGAAGAUCCGACUGAGGGAUGAAACGUCCAUUUAAAUAAAAGUUGUGGUUUGGAGUCGCAGCUUUA